AAAUCCAUAAAUUAUCACAUUCGGAUUCAACCAUCGAAAUACACACGUAACGAUUUGAUCCAAGUCCUCCAUCUUUCCCUCACUCUAUCCCCCAAUCUUCCAUCUCUAUUCCGGUAGCCGGAAACAAACCUCAUCAAACACACUUGCCGGAAAACAAAAUAGAUGGCAUUUUCCGCAAACCCAUUAGCUCUAAGCGUACCCGAACCCGCGUUCGAGUCCUGGCUCCGCGACACAGGCUACCUCGAAGUCCUCGACCAGAAAACCUCCGACCUCUCUGCCGCCGCUGUCUCCUCCGACUCCGCUGCCACGACCAGCUUCUCCGCCGCCGGAAUUGACCCUGGUGUAUUCAUUUCCUUGUUCAAUAAACUUUGGACCCUAAUUUCUCUCUUGACUAUUAAUCCUGUUUCGAAACUUUCUGUUGGCGAUUUUUCCGGCGAGACACCGGCGUGGACAAGUGGGUUUAUUGGGGGUUUUGAUUCUUAUAGUUAUCCUUCUUCUCCUGAUCAGGCUCGCAUGAGGGCUCAUGAAAAUGUUAAGCGCUAUGCCAAGAAUUAUGCCUCUUUGGUUGUGCUGUUCUUUGCUUGUUCUUUGUAUCAGAUGCCCCUUGCUCUUUUUGGCUUGAUAUCGAGUCUUGUGCUUUGGGAUGUAUUCAGAUGUUAUGGCAACCAUUGGGGGUUAGAUGAAUACCCAGUGCUCAAGCAGACGUUGUUUUUUAUCAUGCAAGUAGGCACUGCUGUUCUCUUGAUGUACUUCAACGUUCAAACGGCUCUAUUUUGCGCUGUCGCCGUCAGUUAUGCAGUCACAAUUUUACAUGCCUCAUUCCGGAAGCUGACCCCAGCCAAGCCACCCACUCGAGGGAGAGCGAAAUAGAACAAAUUCAUGCUUUAAUGACCCUGAUGACAACUGAGCCUCUGCCAUAUAUUGGAAAAUCGAGGAGAGAUUUUGUAAUAGCCUCAGUCAGUUGCCCUGCAGUAUUUUAAGCUGGAGCCUCUUUUUUGCAGUAGGGAACCCUCUUCUUUUCUGAUAUUGAUGUAUGAGUGAAAGAAUAGACGAUUCCCCUUUAAAAUGGCAUUAUGUGUUUCAGCACUUAUAUGCAAAAACACAAUAUUAUUGUAAACAUAAUUAUAGCGGAUGUGUUGAAUUGUUGAUGCCUUUGAAAUUUGAGUACUUGAUCA